CUGAUGAUUGGAGAAUGUCGGUGGGUGUUCCGAUGUUUUCCUUGCCGUCAUUGGGUUUCCUCUCCGCCGCUCAGAGCAGCAGCUGCCACGGCUCCACACGCUUCCUGCUCCAAGGCACUUUUACAGUCCCGAAGACGAGGACAGGAUGAGGAACAGAGAUGUUUGGGAGGGAACGUGACUCCUCAGGCUUCACUAAAGGACUCUAAGAUGACAUAAACUAAGGACUCACCUGGAACUCUAUCCUUGUUUGUUUGCUUUGCUUUUUCUCUGUAUUUUUUGUCGAGUGUCAUUUGGAGAAGUGUUUUUUUUUUUUCUACUACAGAAUUCUUAAUUUAUAACACUACUGUCCUGAAAAAACGUAAUUUUUGUCACUCCUCCGGUCCGUGUCGUGCGUCUCCCAGAGGUUUCAGAUAGCAAUAGAAGUUUCAAAGGUCUUGAAAAAGCUUCACUUAUCGUCUCCUUUGGACAUUCAUCACACUGCAGGCUGCACUUGUAAUGCAACAUACUUUAAAGAAUCGCUGCACAUUACUUUGAUGAUCCUGGCCUCCUUUCGUAGAGAAGGUGUGUUUUGGAUUUUUUCUUAUUCAGGCUUUAUUGAUGUAUGAUUUCCUCCUUUUAAGAGGUUUAGUUUUGUUCCUUUUGUGUGAUUAUUUAAAGCAUACUGGUUAACUGCUCUGCUGCCUUGAUUUUCUAUAAGAAAUGGCAGCUUUAAAACGAAAUGUAAACCUUUUUAAACUUAUGCAAUUACGUUUUAAUGAUCUCUGUGUCUAAGCCACAGAUUUUUGCAGGAAAGUGUAGAAGCUGACACCUGUUCAUAUCAAACUGUGAUUUUAUUUUGUUUUUUUCAUCUUCACUGGAUUAUUUCUGGAAACAAAUGUCUCUUUAUACUUAAAGAAGUUAACUGUUCAAAUGAAGACCCAAUCAGAAAAGGACUCACUAAAACAGAAGGUUUUUAUUGUUUUUUUUUUUUGCCAAUUUACAUGAAGAAUGAAUUUAAGUGAUUUCAGGGAUGAAGUUCUUUUCAGAUAUUUUUUAAUUAUUCUUUGCAAAUCCUGAAGACCCGGUCGCUCACUAAGCUCCUGAUUGCAGAGGCUUGUACUGUUUGCUUGCUCAGACUGGCAGACAUCUUCCACUGUAAAAGCCAAGAUGCGUUCCCCAGAACCCUGCUCCCCUUCUCCAGAAGAAGCCCUCCUUCAUGGUCAGUUUGCCAGCUGGGGAUCUGGCAGUAACAACAACAAUAGCAGCGGCAGCUGCCCCGACAGCCCAGGAGGCUCAGGAAGCCUCUCCCCCACCACCUCUCCAGGUUCAUCGUCUAACUACGCUUUGACCCUCACCCACACCCAUAUCCACAUCCAGCGCCUCUCGCCACGGCCCACAAAGGAUUCCCGUCUCCUGCUCCCUCUGUCUGAACUGGUCGGUUGCAGCUGUCCUCGUUCUCCUGCACCGCCGCUGCUCGUGCUCUACUGGUACCCUCCAGGCAAACGAAGGAAGGGAGUGUCCAGACGCAGGCAGGUGAAGGCCUACCUGGCAGAAAGCAGGCUUGAAGCUGAGAGGUGGUCGGCUGCUGUUCAGUGUUUGCUCAGAGAAGUGCCCGUCACUGCUUACACAGAGUUUUCAAGAAGUCUGCUACCUCGUCCCAGGCGACUACUGUUAUUGGUCAAUCCCUUCAGCGGAAGAGGCCAAGCAAUGCAAUGGUGUCAGACCCACAUCCUGCCAAUGAUUAGAGAGGCCAACAUCAGCUACAACCUCAUACAGACAGAACGUCAGAACCAUGCAAGAGAGCUGAUCAGAGAGAUACCGCUCUCAGAAUGGGACGGCAUCAUCAUUGUUUCCGGAGAUGGCCUGCUGCAUGAGGUUAUUAACGGACUGAUGGAGCGUCCAGACUGGGAACAAGCAAUAAAAACUCCUGUUGGGAUUCUGCCCUGCGGCUCUGGAAAUGCACUGGCUGGCUCAAUCAACCAUUAUGCAGGGUAUGACAUGUGCCUUCGAGAGCCGCUUCUCUUGAACUGCUGCUUCUUGCUCUGUCGAGGCGGAGUGCGACCCAUGGACCUAGUGUCUGUCACAACGAGCCCUCUUCCAUCCAAAAACAGCCAUGCUGCAGCUCCUAGGAGACUGUUCUCCUUCCUCUCUGUGGCCUGGGGUUUUGUGUCUGAUGUCGACAUCGAAAGUGAGAGGUAUCGUGGCUUGGGCUCAGCCCGCUUCACUUUGGGCACCUUGGUGCGCAUAGCUUCUCUUCGAUCGUACAAGGGCCGUUUAUCUUACCUUCCUCCUGUUGUUACCACAUCUUCAAAUGGGACACCUCCACCUAGACGGCCUCUCUCCCGCAGCAUUACAGAGGGACUGGAGGGCUUCUGUAAAAUGCCUAUCCAUCGCACCUGCUCCGAUAUGGGCAUCAGUGAGCAGAGGAGCCUUCUGCGCAGGGGUGAUGGUGAGAGGGAAAAAGAGGAGAGACAAAGAGAGAGGACAAGGAGAAGACAGAGGGGGAGAGGAAAAGGAGCAGGUGUGGUGAGAGCUAGCAGUUUAGCGGAAGACAGAGAAAGGGAGGGGCAGAUGGAGAUGGAGGCAGAAGAGGAGAAGUCUGGAACCUGUUCAGAGAAGUCUGGAACAAGUUCAGAGUCAACCGAAAGGGAUGAAGCCAGUAUGGGAAGAGACGAAAGGUUGGCAGGGAUUAAGGAUGAAAGGGAAGAUGAGGAAACAUCGGAGCAAGACUCUUGUGAAAUGUUGGAGGUUGACGAUGGGGGAGAUGAGGAAGGCAGUGGUGGUUCCCUAGAGGCAGAUGGAGUGUUGCGUGCGAGGGAAUUGGGGGAUAGUUAUGGAUUGGACAUGGGGAGAGAGGCACAAGAAGAGCCUGGAGAUGUCACUGCUUGCCAGGACGGUCCUCAGAAAGCCAGAGAGAUGGUAAGAAAGAACUCUGCUCCUUCAAGCCAGAUAGCCGAGACUCUGCUGAGCCAGCCUCUCAGUCAAGAAGCCAGCAGAGAUUCUGGCAUCUCAUACGGCAUGGAGGACAUGGAUCUGAAUGAAACCUACUUCCAGAAACACUCUUACCCUCUGGAUGUGGCUCGUGAGCGAUCGCUCACCAUCUCCUCUCCCUUCCGUCCCAAUCCCUUCUCCUACAAGCAGAAAGCUCUGGACCAAAACCAUAAUGCCUCCCGUCCAAGACCCCACUCUCUCCUCCAGCACUCCAGCUCCAAUUCCCUUCCCCCUAAAAUGACUCCCCCCUCUUUUUCUCCCACACCACCAUCGUCUCCUUCCUGUGCGUCCCCACACUCAUCGUCCUACCUCGCCCCCCGUCCAAACACCCCUAAUUCGACCCUGAGCUCUCCCUCGUUCCGUACGCCGUCCUCGUCUUUUGACUUUGACAUGACCGAACCAGCAGGUUCUCUAAAGAACCGUCCGUUUGUCACGCUGCCUUUUGAUAUACCAAGAGACGACUUGUUGCCGACUCUUGAUCAACCCCUCCCCACCAGAGACUGGGUCACCAUUGAAGGGGAUUUUGUCCUAGUCUUGGCCCUUUAUCAGUCCCACCUUGGGGCUGAUCUCCAUGCUGCACCUCAGGCCAGAUUUGAUGAUGGCCUGAUCCACCUGACUUUUGUCCGGGCAGGCAUCUCCAGAGCCACCCUACUCAGACUGUUCUUUGCCAUGGAAAAAGGAACCCACCACACUGUCAGCUCGCCAUACGUGAGCCACGUAACCUGCAAGGCCUUCAGGCUGCAGCCGCUGUCUACACGGGGAACACUAACUGUGGAUGGGGAACUUGUGCCCUAUGGUCCGCUCCAAGCGCAGGUUCAUCCCGCCAUGGCCCGUCUCAUUGUUGGAGACACUGGUGUCAAAAUUACCAGACUUUGACGAGGGAUUAUUAAGCUUAUAUCUAUCCACAUAUCAAUACUCUAAUGAAUUAUCUCUGUUGCCAUUAUGCCCACAAAGAGAGAACCAUACAGUUGGCUGUUUGAGACACUAGUCUUAUUUGCAAGAAUCAGAUUUUGUAGGCAAUAAUGAAAGGGAUGACUGCGGGGAUUAAUACUAAAUUGAAGAAAACUUUUUUUUUUUAUACAGAUGAUUUUAAAAAUGCGCUUUGUUGCACAGGUGUUGGAUCACGUUAGGAAGGGGAAGGGGAGCUGCACAGUCUAGAUAAAAAGAAGGAAUAACAAUACUAAUUGAAUGUUUUUGGGGUUUUUGGAGCUGAUGCAUGAGUUGAAUGUGUACAAUGUAUGCAUGCAGAGAAGCAUUAACUAGGUAUUGCCUUACACUUAGACAAUGAGAAAUAAAGUUAAUAUUCAAGAUAAAACAGUUCUGGAGCAGAAAAAAAAUACUGCAAUACUCUAAUCUGCGAUUCUUUCUGGACUCUCGCCUCCACAUGUUCGGCAAUGAAAAGAUAAAAACUUUUUCUCCUUAAAGUAAUGCCUUAUCUGUCAGUGCACAGCUCAGAUGCACUUGUGUUAAUUCUCUUAUAUAUUAAGUCUAAACAGUGAUAGAGAGAGAUUUCAGGAUUUUUUUAAAGUAAUAUGUUAAAAGGCUAUAAGCAUUUUAACUCUUAACAUGUUUUUGACAAAUCCUCUAGUUUCUUUUAUAUGGAUAAAGUCGAUUUGGUCUCUGAGGCUAAAACUGGAGCUCCAAUCAGAGCCUGUUUCAAAGUGGACUUCUACUGGGUGGAAAAAGUUCAGACUAAAGAAUAUAAUAAAUAAAAACAAGAAAGCUCUUUUAACUGUCAUAAGGUUUACUUUAGACUGUUGUAUAGACAGAAAGGCAUGGUUAAUCACACAUGAGAUUGGGGUCAAAGAUGGAGUGCUAUCAAUUUAUUCCUUUUUCAGGACAACUAAAACAUUUCUGAUCAGAGAAACUUUCCUAAAUAAAUCAAGAGGGGGUUCAAAAAUUUAUGAGAGUGCUUUAAGUUAAGGUUAUUUCUCGGAUUUACACCAUGUGGAUUAUAUCUGUCAAGGUUCUGUUCCAAGAUAAUGUUUCAUGCUGGAAAAUUAUUUAGGAUGCACCAUCUUAUGUAUUUUUUUUGUAAUUGGAGGUUUUUGUCCAGAUAGCUUUUCAAAGCAAACCUGGUAUUAGUUGAUACGUUUAGUGAAACAAAAAACUUAAACAUCUUUGUAAUCUGAGAUUUUCAGAAAGUCCACUUUGAUCUUGGCUGAUCUUGGGCUUCCCAUUCGCCUCAGCUGUUAGCCCUGACUAAUCUAGCUUUAUGCUAAAUCAGGAUACUAGUUGCCCACUGCUUGGUAUAUAUUGACAGUUAAUGAAAAGAAAACGCAACAAACAAAUCCUUUAAUCAGUCCAACUAG